AGUGAAAGAUUCAGAACAAGCAAGGGGAAAGAAAUACUCUACUUCACUGUUCAGCAGUGUUUGGCUUGCUAUGCCUCCAAGAAAGAGAAAAUCGCCUUCCGGGGAAGCACCGGCGGCGAAGAAGCCAAAGCAAUCGGAGGAGAGUGCCGGGGAUCCUGGAUUCAGUCUGCGCAUUGAGCACUGCAAAUCCUGACGAGUGUAUGCCCGGCAUGCCAAUGCCUUUGUGGACGCUGCCACGGAGGCGUUUGGAGCAUGUCCGGCCGACAUCAACAGCACCAAACCAAAGUCGGGAAGCUUUGAGUUAGUGCUGCAGAUUGCUGACAAGGAAGACAUCCUGCUAUGGUCUGGCUCGAAGAAAGGUCCACCUAGACGUCUCAAGUUCCCGGGAGAGGAGGAUACCGCUGAGAUGAUCGAGACCAUCAAGACCAACCUCUCCGCACCAGCCAGCAAGACGGUGAAGAAAACUGAACCUGCCGACGAUGAAGGCGCUAAGGCAGAGACAACGGAGAAGAAACCGAAGAGGACAAGCAAAAAGAAGGCCGUCAAGGCUGACGACUAGUUUUAAUCCAUAGCGUAUGCAGACUGGAUGCUGGUAGGAUCACGACCGUUGGAUUGAAUCACUAACUCGGGCAUGUCAAGCAGACGAAUGACGGCUGGACGCUCAAUGGACCCUGGUCUUCGCAUCCAGUCUGAUACCCCUGGCUGCUGGCGUGCAAGGGCAAUCCGAUGGCUUGAACCUCACUGGAGCUAGCACUGCUUCAUUGUGUGUGUGCGUGUGUUCGCAUUGUUUUAUGCUCUUCUAUACAGGCAUAUGUGUGUCCAGUGUUCAUUAUCUUUCUUUACUACUCGCCGCUUUCCUUGAGUUCCAUGUGCAUGGCUCUGUGCACCACAGCUAUUCUUCUCUUGUCUCUGCCUCUCUCUGCAGAACCGGCAUGUGAAUCUACAUGUUGCUAGUUCUCUUAGCUUUUUUGUUGUGAAGGCGAGUAAGGCAUUGUCCCACUGAAUUAGCAAUGGUGGUCUCUCUUGUGUUUUUUACUGAGAGCCAAGUAUCCGGCAUGCAGGUUUUUUUCAUAUACGGCAAUGGGCAACGA